AUGUCCGAGGAAUACGCUCUUACAGUGAUAGCACACGGCUGUGAGUUAUCUGCAGAAGAUUUGACAGCCGUAAAGACGUUGUUGACCGAUGUCUUGAAAGUUGGAAAAUUCACCUCUCAGGAUCUAUCCACCAGAGCUGUAGACUUCUAUUUCCAAUCUGCCAAACCAGAAGAACUCCAACUGGCUGUGAAAAAUGAGUUGUUGAACAAUUCUAAUCACUAUGAUUUGGUUUUCCAGAAACAAUCCACAAGAAAAUCCAAGAAGUUGUUCAUCUUCGAUAUGGAUUCAACUCUCAUCUACCAGGAAGUCAUCGAGUUGAUCGCAGCCUAUGCUAACAUUGAAGAUAAAGUAGCAGAAAUAACAGAAAGAGCCAUGAAUGGCGAACUUGAUUUCAAUGCUUCAUUGGCUGAAAGAGUGCUGUUGCUCAAGGGAAUCGAUGCUACGUCUAUCUGGGAAGAGUUGAAACACAAGAUCGAAGUAACCAAUGGAGCCAAAGAACUCUGUCUUGCGUUAAAGAAACUUAAUGUGGUCAUGGGUGUCUGUUCUGGGGGCUUCAUUCCUUUGGCUGAACAUGUGAAGCUUCACUUGGGUUUGGACUAUGCCUAUGCCAAUGUUCUUGGAACCAACGAGAAGUUGGAGUUAGACGGUACUACCACCGGCCCAAUUGUCAAUGGCGAAAUGAAGGCUGAGCUCCUUCUUAAAAUCGCCAAGAACCAUGGCAUAGAUCCCCAGGAUGCGGUCGCUGUAGGUGACGGUGCCAAUGACUUGAAGAUGAUGUCUGUUGCUGGCUUUGGUGUAGCCUGGAAUGCCAAGCCAAAGGUGCAACAGUUGGCCCCUUCGUGUUUGAAUUCGGACUCAUUAUUGGAUAUCUUGUACAUAUUAGGCUAUACUGAAGCUGAGAUCAAGGAGUUGGUCAACUAG